GUUUCUCAUAAAGGUACCGAAAAAUAUGGCUGCACAAAUUCCAGAAUCUGAUCAGAUAAAACCGUUUAAAGAAUUUCUUGGAACCUACAAUAAACUUACAGAAACCUGCUUUUUGGACUGUGUUAAAGUCUUCACAACAAGAGACGUAAAACCUGAAGAGACCACCUGUUCAGAACAUUGCUUACGGAAAUAUUUAAAAAUGACGCAAAGAAUAUCCAUGAGAUUUCAGGAAUAUCAUAUUCAGCAGAAUGAAGCCCUGGCAGCCAAAGCAGGACUCCUUGGCCAGCCACGAUAGAGACGUCCUGAGGGGUGGACUUUCCCUGAAAGAUUGCCAAUAGCUUUGCACUGGAAGUGAGGAUUCAUCUAAUAGAAUCCCCUGAAAGCAGUAGCCAUCAUGUUAACCAUCUGUCAUGACUGGCAAAUGGAAACCACUGGAGAAACAAAAUUGCUAUUUACCAGGGAUAAUCAAAAUAGAAGGUCUUAUUGUCCAAUCAAUAUGUAAGAUGCAACAUUUGUUGAGGCCUUAUGAUUCAGGAGCUUAAUCACUUGAUUAGAAAAAUAAACCAUUAUUUCUUCAAUAGUGACUAAUAAUUUUAAAGCAAAAUCAUGAAUGAGAUAGAAACAAUUUUUAUUUCUAAAAGUUAAAUAAAUGGAAAUAUCACUGAAA